AUGAAGCCCUUUUAUCUGACAUCAUUGUGCAAAAGAGUGCGCCUUGACUACAGCUGCCUGCGAAAACUGAACGGCUCUUCGGAGGUAAGGCCCUUUUAUUCAACAUACCAUCCGUUAGCCGCUUGAUGUUGCUAAAGUUCGCAACAUUGGCAUCUCAGCACACAUAGAUAGUGGGAAAACAACCAUAUCAGAGAGGAUUCUGUUCUAUACGAAUCGCAUUUCGUCAAUGCACGAGGUACGUCUUCUCGCGGACAUAUUUCAAUUCACCUCCCUCAAACGUAAACCAUGCCAUUCUCAGCCUUGGCACAGAACCCCUUUUUUACGGUAGGGCAAUGAUGAUUCUCUUGAGUAG